CUGCAGCCAAGCAAACAACAAACCAAGAAGAGCACGACACAAGACAAGAGCGAGUGCGAGUCGAAGGAAGGAAUAAAAAAUUCUGGCCCCCUUUUUUCGACAGGAACCACCCCCCCGUUCGGUCAUCCCCGUGGUGGUGGCCGCGAGUAACAUGCAAGGACCACCCUUAAGUCCGAAUCGAAUGAAUCCUGUACAAAGUGGGAAUAACAAUGCGGUGGCUGCUUCCAUGAACCAGAGGCCCCCUUCGUCCUCGUCGUACAUCUCUGCUCCCCAACACGGGGGGAGGAGGGGUGGAGGCGGAAUGAUGGGGCUUGGAAUGGGACCUUUGCAAGGUGGUGCGGGUGGGAUGUCGGUCUUGGGCCUGGGGAGGCAGCAAGUUCCUGGAGGGUAUCCGGGGAAUUCGGACCACUACCCACCCAUUCUGGACCCAUCUGAAUUCCCAUCUUUGACAAAUCGAAAUCUCGGCCAGGGGGCGGAUGGCUAUCAUCAAAAUUUACCGGCCAAGCCUUAUGGUAUGGUCAAGCAACCUGUUUCAGAAACGAGCGCCUUCACUAUGAGUUCGGAAGAUUUCCCUGCACUUCCUGGCACUGCUCCUACGGGGGCAGGUGGAGCUAGCAAUGACCCAGGAGCUCAAGUUCAAGCACCCAACGCAUCUCAACCAAUUGAUCCUUCUUCUUCCGAGCCCAGAAUCAACAAUCAAACGGUGGACUCAUUGCAAAAACGGGGAAUCGUCACAUCUCCAGAUGGGAAGGUCACAAAUAUUCCGGCAAGUAUGGUGAACGACCAAUUUGGAAUGGUUGGGCUAUUGACAUUCAUAAGAGUUGCUGAAACGGACCCUAACUUGGUAUCACUCGCCCUGGGGUUCGACUUGACGGCAUUAGGACUGAAUCUGAACGCGACUGACAGCUUGUAUCCUAGUUUCGGGGGACCAUGGGGCGAAGGUCCUGUCAGGGCAGAGGAUGUCGAAUUUCCAGUUCCUCAAGAGUACAACAUUAGUGAUCAGCUACGCUAUGGACACGAAUUUGUCUCAUCUGUUCGAGAGAAGUUGGCACCUCUGAAAAUGAACAGAUACAAGGAAGAGCUCUUAUUCUACAUGUUUUACACGUAUACUGGUGAUGUUUUACAAAUCCUUGCUGCAGGAGAACUCUUCAACCGAGACUGGCGUUACCACAAGGAAGAGAAGAUUUGGAUCACGAGGGCCCCAGGGCUGAGCACGGUGGAGAAGGGAGGAAGUUUUGAAAGGGGAAUGUAUUACUUUUUUGAUCCGAUCAGUUUCCGAAAAAUUCCCAAGGAGUUCAUCCUGGAGUACGACAAGCUGGAGGAGCGACCCACCGUCCCGAACAACUUUCUUCACGCGUACAUUAAUCCUUAAAAGUAGCAUUUCCUAUAUAUUAAACUAUAUUAGGUAAUGUUAGCAUACGGAAUGUUUGCUAGCAUUUUCUUUAGUAUAGCCGAUUUCCACUACUUUCAAUUAAGUACCAGGAGAAGUAUUCUUAAUAAAAAGUUGUUUUGAUAUUAAAGGAGAAAAAAAUGAACUACUUGAACUUUGUAA